GCCCGAACCCUGAACUGGCGCGAUUAUCCAGUGAGUCAACCAGCCACGGAGAUCAACAGCACCAGAAGCAUCACCGACCCGAUCUACAAGGCCUGACAUCGCUGGUCUGGCUGUUCAGCCUAUUUGUUUGCAAUGAAUAAGGAGAUCCAGCGCGGUCUGAACGACAGACUCUACGAGAAGCGCAAAGCCGCUGCUCUCGAGCUCGAGAAAACAAUCCGGCAAUGCGUUGAAGAGAACGACGAGGCAAAGAUCAGAUCAAUUGUCGAUCAACUGUGCCACGACUUUGCCUAUGCCGUGCACCAGCCGAACGCGCGCAACGGCGGCUUGAUCGGCCUCGCCGCGUCGGCUAUCGCCCUCGGUCCGCACGUCGCGCAGUAUCUCGAAGAUAUCAUUCCGCCCGUGCUGGCCUGUUUUGGAGAUCAAGACGCGCGGGUGCGGUACUACGCUUGCGAGAGUAUGUACAAUAUCGCAAAAGUCGCAAAGGGCGAGAUCUUGCUGUACUUCAACGAGAUCUUUGAUGCCCUCUGUCGUCUGGCGGCCGAUUCAGAGUUGACUGUGAAAAACGGAGCUGAUCUGCUUGAUCGGCUGAUUAAAGAUAUCGUGGCGGAGAAAGCGGCGACUUAUGUCUCGGUCAUCAACACUACGCCUGAACCGCUCCCACCAGAUCCGGCGGCGGAGCAGAGUGACCCUUACAAACCGGUUCUCGCACACGAGCCUGUUCAGGAUCCUACCCAGGAACCUGCAUUCCAGCUCUCGCGCUUCAUCCCUCUACUCACCGAUCGCAUAUACGUUAUAAAUCCGUUUACCAGAAUGUUUCUGGUUUCAUGGAUUACUUUACUAGACUCUAUCCCUGAUCUGGAGCUAGUUUCGUAUCUUCCAGAGAUCAUUGGCGGUCUCUUAAACUUCUUGAGCGACACAAAUAUCGAUGUCCGGGUCGCGACGCAAGGCGCGCUCGACAACUUUUUGAGCGAGAUCAAGCGGAUCACUGAGCUGAAGCGGACUGUUGCAGAGGUCAAGGCGCAGAAUGCGGCAAAAGAAGCGCACGAAGCGACAACUUCUUCAUCAGCUUCUGCUAAUGUCGGCAAGCCGGACGCGUCAAAGCCUGCGGAUGCGGCAGACAAGGGAAAGGAUGGCGAGGAAUCAGGCGAUGAUGAGCAGUUUGUCACUGCUGAUGGAGCACCAGUUGGCUCCGGAUCGGAGAAUGGAAAGGCUGGAGAAUUGUUAGAUGUGGAUGAGGAGUAUUUGGAUGAGGAAGAAGGUUCAGGAGCCAAUUUUAACUUGGCGUCGGCGAUCGCGGAGGGUGUGUAUCUUCCUGGCCAAGAUGUCAAGGUUGAUUACGCCAAAGUGAUUGAGAUCCUGCUCUCGUACCUCGACUCUACAGAGCAGGAGAUUCAGCUGACUGUGCUGAAGUGGAUCGAGAGCUUUUUCGAGAUCUGCCCGGAUGAUCUUUUGCCGUUCGUUCCUCGCUUUUUGUCGGUACUGUUGCCGACGAUGGCACACGAUAAUGAGCAGCUUCGCAAGUCUGCAGAGACUGUGAAUAACGAGCUGAUGCAGCUCAUCAUGUCUCUUCCUGACACGGUAGCGGAUAAUGAAAAGAGACGGCACGACGGUGAUGAUCAAUCUCUGCCUCCGACUCCCGGUUUACCGCAUAGACAGGGCUUCGGCGGGUCUCCUGCCACGGCCCGGAGUCUAUCACCUCAGCCGCCUGUUGGUGGACGAUCGCUUUCGCGGGAGAGAGUUGUCAGAGACCGGGACGAGGAGAGCCUGAUGAGCAAGCUUUCGCUGACGGCUAGCAGCAGCCGGUCGCAGCCAGCGUCGGCUUUGACUUCGCCGACAAUGGUCGCAACCGAGGAGCCAGACGCUGCUUCCGCAAGUAACGGCAAAGCCGACGACUCUACUAACCUAGAGCUGUUGAUUGAUUAUCCAGCUACGGUGAACGCACUGACUCUGCACUUCCUCAACGAGAGAGAGGAGACUAGAGUUGCGGCUCUAGAUUGGCUUAUAAUGUUGCAUCGGAAAGCGUCUCGGAAGAUUCUGGCAAUCAACGACGGGACUUUCCCAGCACUUUUGAAGACGCUUUCGGAUUCUAGUGAUGCAGUGGUUACCAAAGACCUUCAACUACUCGCGCAGAUCUCUUACAACUCCGAGGACGAUUAUUUUGCGUCGUUCAUGCUGAAUUUGCUGUCGCUGUUUAGCACUGACAGAAAGCUGCUCGAGACACGAGGAAACCUCAUCAUCCGUCAACUCUGCGUCAGCCUCAACCCCGAGCGGAUUUACCGCACGCUGGCUGAGAUUCUUGAGAAAGAAGACGACGUCGAGUUUGCAAGCAUCAUGAUCCAGAACCUGAACAAUAAUCUCAUAACCGCUCCCGAGCUGCAGGGUUUACGGAGACGGCUACGGAACCUGGACACGAAAGAAGGGACGAAUUUCUUUGUUUCGUUGUUCAGAUCGUGGUGUCACAACGCGGUCGCUACGUUUGCGCUUUGUUUGCUGGCGCAGGCUUAUGAGCAGGCGUUUCAUUUGCUGCAGAUAUUUGCGGAUUUGGAGAUUACGGUCACGUUGCUGAUUCAGGUUGAUAAACUGAUUCAGCUGCUUGAGUCGCCUGUAUUCACUUAUCUUCGAUUGCAACUUCUGGAGCCUGAAAAGUAUCCUUAUCUAUAUAGAUGUCUGUAUGGCUUACUGAUGCUGCUCCCGCAGUCUUCCGCAUUUGCCACGCUCCGCAACAGACUCAACUCUGUCAGCGCUAUCGGAUACCUGCACAUUGUUCCUCCCGCGCUGAUGUCCUCCGGCGGAGGCGCUACCUCUGCGACAUCAGGAAAACAGCCUGUUUUUAACCGCUUCAAGGGCCGGAUUGAUGAAGCCCGCUGGAACGAUCUGUUGGAUAAAUUUCGCACAGUGCAAACUAAACACGAACGACUUCGGCGACAGGUGCAGGGUGCGGGUCCUGCUAACGGGCUUGGAAUGACUGGUAUCGACUUUCCUACCGAGAACGCACGUCACGGAUCUUCACUGAACCAGGGCAACUCUGCGCCGGAGCCGCCUCAGCAGCAGCCGCUCCACCAUCAUAGAACCGCUCUGUCGUUCAUGUCGGGCGCGAAAGGGUUCGGAUAUAACGCUGGAGGGAGUUCAGGGUACAGCAGCAAGGGGCCGUCGUCGGUGCAGUCGGCCUCUAGUCUACGCGAGUCGUCGCGGAUUUUCAAGUCGAACAAGAAGCUGUAGAUUGGGCGGUAAUGUUGUGGUGUAUGUGUAUUUAAAGAUAUGAUAUCGGCGCAUGAUGAAUAAUAAAUGUUUCUGAUAAAUCGGAG